UGCGGAUUUGCGGGUCAGACGGACCUGGCGGGCAAAUAUGCAUGCAUUUAUGUGGGCGUGUCGUGGCGGGCGAGCCCGGCUUUGUUUGUGCAGGUGUGAAUGAUAUUGUGUAGUCCGUAAUUAUGAAAGCAACAAAGUCUAUGCUCUACAUAUUGAUCGAUUCCAUUUCCCGGACUCGCCUGUCUCUCUCUUCCGAUUGUGAAAAUGUCAGGCUAUCCCAACCGAGCCUACGGUAGUUACAAUGGCCCUCCCGCGGCCCAGACGUACUCAUCAGCUCCACCCCCGUCCCAGCCGUACUCAUCGGCCGGACCACCUUCCCAGUCGUACCCACAAGCCGCACCGCCGUCCCAGUCGUACCCACAAGCCGCACCACCUUCGCAGCCGUACACAUCAGAUCCCUACAGCGCCACGGCACCCUCCGCAGCAUCUCCCUACUGGGCCCCACCACCAGGUCAAUCCCCUUACGGUGCCACCUCAUACUCGGCUCCAUCGGCCCCGUAUGCGUCCGAUCCCAGCAAACCCCAGAAAGAAAAUAAACCUCAACACUCCGCCCCUUACGGCGGCAGUUACCUUACUCCACCAGCUUCUGCACCAUACGGCAGUAGCCCCUUUUCGAAUCUGCUUCCUUCCACUUUUCCACCUGGCACCGAUCCCAACGUCGUUGCUUGUUUUCAGAUUGCGGACCAGGAUGGAAGUGGACUAAUCGACGAUAAGGAGUUGCAGAGGGCACUCUCCUCCUAUAAUCAAAGCUUUAGCUUGAGGACGGUGCAUCUUCUCAUGUAUCUCUUCACUAACACAAACGCUCACAAAAUCGGUCCAAAAGAAUUUACUGCACUCUUCUACAGUCUGCAAGUCUGGAGGGGAAAUUUUGAGAGAUUUGACAGAGACCGGAGUGGCAAGAUUGAUGCUACUGAGUUAAGGGAGGCCCUAUUUAGCCUGGGAUUUGCGGUAUCACCUACAGUUGUGGACCUGCUGGUAACCAAAUUUGAUAAAACAGGGGGAAAGAACAAGUCCAUUGAAUAUGAUAACUUCAUUGAGUGCUGUCUUACUGUGAAGGGGCUGACUGAAAAAUUCAAGGAAAAGGACAGUGGGUACACCGGUUCAGCAACUUUCACCUAUGAGUCUUUCAUGUUGACAGUCCUGCCCUUCUUCAUUGCAUAGAGAGAUGCAGUAAAUCAAGUUUCAAUGUAUGGUCUUUUAUAUAUAUGCAAUCUUCCCUUAGUUGGUGUUAUAAUUGGUAGUGUGGAUGUAAUAUCGAAUGCUCUUCUAUUUACAUUUCCUAAUUGAACAAUGUGCUACAUGUAUCAAUGUAUAUCGUUUGUGUAACACUUUCGCAUAGAUAAUAUUUUUUUUGUUCACAUGAAAAUUGGUUUAAACUCCAUCAUGAGAUCAUUUUAGUAUGAUACAUGUUCCACUUAGUAGGCGGUCAACAAAA